ACGUUCCAAACGUAGUGGUCGCGUAUUAUUAACGUCAUCAUUUAAGGACAACGUAGGCUGCUCGACCAAAGUGCUCAACGGGACACGCUGCAGCCUGUUUCUUCAUGGCAAAUGCACGUAAUGAACAGGUUUUCAACCGUGGAGUGGGGAAAAAUGAAGAUGCUGGCAUUUGGGAUGACACCGCUUUGAUAAAGGCGUAUGAUAAAGCUGUCGCAUCAUUCAAGCAUGCCUUGAAGGAUGAAGAGGAGAGCGUGGAGUCACCAAAGGAAAGCAAGCUGAGCAAACCGGGAAAGAAACGGAAAAGCAACAAGAAAAACAGAAGCCGGAAGAGAAGUAAUGCCAUCCCUGCAAGAGAGUGGAGAGUUGGGGAGCCCUGCUGUGCAUUCUGGUCUGUAGAUGGUAAAGUAUACCCAGCCACCAUCACCUCAAUAAACAAGGAGAAGGGGACCUGCACAGUUGUGUACACUCGGUAUGGAAAUAAGGAGGAGCAGAACCUGGAGGAUCUUCUGUCUGACAGUUCAGAAGUGGAGGAGGAUGGAGCCAAAAUGUCUGAUCAGGUGAAAGAGGGCGAGUCCUCAACAGGAGAGAGUGACACGUGUUCAAGCUCGCGACUGCCCAAUCACAGGCCCAGAUCUGAACCCAGACUCACGCCCACUAGCCGCCAUUCUGCCCCGCCCACAGGGUCCACUUUCAGACCGCCUGAAUCGCGGAGACCUGGCGGCCCUGGAGCUGCCCCCCCUGGAUGGCCCCCUCGCAUGUCGUUUGGUCCCCCGAUGAUGCCCCCGCCCCCUCCCCUGGGCCCGGACGCUGUGGAGGAUGAGGAAGGUCUCAGCUGCAUGCUGGUGUCCUGGUACAUGAGCGGAUACCACACCGGAUACUACAUGGGGCUGAAACGGGCGCGGGAGGAGUCUGGCUCUGGGAAAAGGCCUGACCCCAGGUGAAGAGUUCUCAUACCGCUGACUUUCACAGGUCCUUGUGCCAGAGAGAACAGUGGGUUUGGAUGGUUAUUGGAAUAGUGUCUGUUUAGCGUUCUCACUGUAACCUUGUCUUCUUUUUUAUAUGAAGUUUUAUAUUUUUUUGUAAAUGAAUGAAUAAAAUAACUGUUGUAUCCAUG